AACGCGGACGUUUCGUUAGUUUACUACCAGACGCGCGCGAUUUCAACUGUUUUCUUGAAAUAAAAUGUCGCUAGACUUGAGUGUGCACGAUAAGGCGGUGUUAAACUGCAUUUUCAAUCCCAGUUUACCCAUUACUGAAGCAUACGAAGAAGAAGAAAUCGAAGAGCUUGUAGAUGUAGAAAAUGAAAAUUGGGAUGAAAGAGAUCUACAAAUUGUGAAAAACAAGGAGGUCGAAGCUGUAACAGCUGCAGAACACAAAGAAUAUCAAAAAGCCUUAGAUAUUCUUAACGAUUGCGUUGCCAUUUUACCAGAGAAGGCGUCGGUGUACAAUAAUCGUGCACAAAUCUACCAAUUUCUUGGAAAUUUUGACGACGCCUUGGAUGACCUCACAGAAGCAAUUCGCCUGGCGUCAAUUGGGUCCCAGAAAAAAACAUUGUGCGCUGCACUGUGUCAAAGAGGUCUACUACACAGAAAGUACCAAAGAAUAGAACUGGCACGAGCAGACUAUGAAAAAGCGGCGGAAUUAGGAAGUAAAUUCGCAAAGACUCAGUUGGUCGAAAUCAAUCCGUACGCUGCUCUGUGCAACCAAAUGUUGCGACAAGUCAUGCAAGAGUUGAAAUAAUCUGUACUAAAUCAAUGUAAUGUUUAAAUCAAAUAUAUUUGCAUCAAUGUGA